GGCGCCGCUGCUGCUGCUGUAGGCGCUGCAGGCGCUCCAGGCAGCAGCAACACCACCAAUGCUGCGGUGGCCGGAGGUGCGGUGGCCGGCGCAACGGGCCCCGAGCUGCCCUCCCCGCUGGCUGGCCCGGAGAUGUCGCGGCUGUGGCGGGCGGAGCUGGGCGAGUUGCGGGGGCGCUGCCAGCUGCCGCGGACCACCAUUGGGGUGGUGGGCAACACGGGGGCAGGCAAGUCCAGUCUGCUGAACGCGCUGCUGGGUGAGGAGGACAUCCUGCCCACCAACGGCAUGCGCGCCUCCACGGGCUGCCCCAUCGAGGUGUCGUACAACCCCUCGCCCGCCUACCAGGCAGCCGUGGAGUUCCUGAGCAAGGAGGAGUGGCUGCCCUACCUGGAGCGACUGGUAGAGGACCUGCGCGGGGAGGACGGCACGCUGCGGGUCAGCACCGCGGGGGAGUGCAACACGCGCUCGGAGGCGGGGGCGGCGCAGGCGAUGUUGGAGGCGGUGUACGGCAGGGAGGCCAUCCGGCGUCCGGGCCUUACGUUGGAGCGGCUGCGGGCGGCCCGCAGCGCCGUGACCGCCCUGCUGGGAAGCACCCUGCAGAUCCGGCAGCAUGACAGGAGGGCUUUCAGGCGUGAGAUCGGGCGCUACGUGGACUCGCACAACCAGGCGGACAGCGCGCAGGCCUGGCCGCUGGUCAAGGUCUGCAGGAUACAACACAACUGGAAGCUUCUUUCCGCGGGUGCAGUGCUGGUUGACCUGCCCGGCGUGCGCGAUGCCAACGAGGCGCGCGGGGCGGUGGCGGAGGCCUACAUGCGCAAGCUGAAUGCGGUGUGGGUGGUGGCCGCCAUCACACGGGCGGUGGACGACAAGACGGCAAAGGACUUGUUGGGCAGCAGCUUCCGGCGGCGGCUGAUGAUGGACGGUCAGCUGGACAACAUCACCUUUGUGUGCACCAAGACGGAUGACAUUGACUGGACUGAGACGCUGCGCGACCUGGGGGCGGAGGAGGUGUGUGCCCGCAGCCACACCGACCCACGGGUCUUUGCGGCGCUGGAGGCCAGGCUGGAGUCGCUGCGGCAGGAGGAGAAGGCGGCGAAGAAGGCCAAGGCAGCCACCACUCGCAAGGUGGGCAGCACCCAGCGGUGCUGCGAGAAGGCGCUGCGGGAGGCGCGGCUGCUUGAGCGCUGCGUGCGGGACAGUUGCCGUACUGCGGAG